CAUAAUAAGGCGAAUACUGAAAGACCUGAUGAACGAAGCAUCAAACGAUGCAAAAAUGCAUACCCUCUUUGGGCCUAUUUUAUAGCUUUUUUGGACGAACAAUUUAUUCAAUGCAAACUACGCAAGCAUCCAAAUGGAACUUAUGGAAAAGGUUCCGGUAUUAGUACUAUUAACCGUUAUUUUGAAAGCAAUCACAAAGCAGAAUACCAGAAAUAUCGAUCUGAUUCGCAGGAAGUGGAAUUUUACGGUGUUCAUGAUGAAGAGAAA